AAACAGAAGGAUAAAAGAAAUCAGGUUCAUUUUUCUCAAAGGGCUGUAACAUCCUUUAAGGCUUAAUUCUGCUUAGUAUUUUGCCUGUCCUCUGUAGGCUGUGCUGUUAUGGUUCCAGGUUGAAGUAACAACCCGUUGGGCGGGUUCAUGCAUUGCUGGAUGUGUUGGGGAGCUGGACAGGAGGUAUCAUGGGUGAGGGGGCUGAGAUGGUUUGGGGUCAUCACCAGCCUUGCCUUAUGCAUGAGAUACCAAUGUCCCUGUUCAUUGUGGGGCAGUUGGACUAGAUGACUUUUAAGGGUCCCUUCCAACUCAAACAAUUCUAUGGUUCUGGGAAGUGACAAGGGACUUCCUGCCAUGGGGGCAUCUUGCCAUGGGGACAUCUGCCAGCCCCGAGCGAUGCCUCCGUGCCUUGCUGCUCCUCCCAUUCCCAGCUUUUCUCCAGCCCUUCCUCAUCUCCAUUUCACAUGAUCCUCUUUUGGGGCAGGGAACCCAAUGAACCUCACGUAUCUGACAGUGCUUGUAUCAGGAAACCACUCAGGCAGUUUCAUAGCGGUCACUGUCUCCUUUCACUGACCUUUCAUUUCUUCUAUAGACAGAAUAUUUCUCCUUUAAUAUCCUGUGCAGUCUUCGUUUCUUCCUCCACUUAUUCCCUUAUCACUUUCUAUCCCCUCUAACCUUCCCGUUUUGCAUCUCUGUGCUUUCUAAAGUGCUUCCCCCAAGGGGCUGCUGGUGAUGUCCCACCCCACAAUACUCCUGGAGGGCACAAUGGACAGUUGAGCAUAUUAAUUUGUUUUAAGAGAGCUUCACUGCAUAAUUACACAUGUCUGGAAGCAAAAUGCAUGCUGUCUGUUUUCUUUCUCUGUUUUUUCUCUCUAGUAUUUUAUUCCAUUGAUCCCAGCACUUCAUUACAAGCUGAUAGGUUCCUUGCAAACACCGAAGAACAAAGGCAGAAUGGGUCGUGUUCAGCGAUCUUGGUAGAAGAGAGGUCAAGGCCGCUUUUUUAAUGGGGAAAAAGAAAAAUGAUUGGAUCUUCGUUAAAGGAAGUUUCAAAGCACGCUGCUGCGAGAGGAGGUGGCCCAGCUGCAGGAGGAGGUGCACCUGCUCCGGCAAAUGAAGGAGAUGCUGACGAAGGAGCUGGAGGAGACGCACGGCAGCAAGACCCCCGAGGUGCUGUCAGCCACCGAGCUCAAGGUGCAGCUGGCGCAGAAGGAGCAGGAGCUGGCGCGCGCCAAGGAGGCUCUGCAGGCCAUGAAAGCCGACCGCAAGCGCUUGAAGGCGGAGAAGACGGACCUGGUGAGCCAGAUGCAGCAGCUGUAUGCCACGCUGGAGAGCCGCGAGGAGCAGCUCCGCGACUUCAUCCGCAACUACGAGCAGCACCGGAAAGAGAGCGAGGAUGCGGUGAAGGCCCUGGCUAAGGAGAAGGACCUGCUGGAACGGGAGAAGUGGGAGCUGCGGCGACAAGCCAAGGAGGCCACGGACCAUGCCAGCGCCCUGCGCUCCCAGCUCGACCUCAAAGACAACCGCAUGAAGGAGCUGGAGGCCGAGCUGGCCAUGGCCAAGCAAUCCCUGGCCACGCUGACCAAGGACGUCCCCAAACGCCAUUCCUUGGCCAUGCCGGGCGAGACGGUGCUGAACGGCAACCAGGAGUGGGUGCUGCAGGCCGACCUGCCGCUCACCGCCGCCAUCCGGCAGAGCCAGCAGACCCUGUACCACUCCCACCCCGCGCACUCGGCCGACCGGCAAGCGGUCCGGGUGAGCCCCUGCCACUCCCGGCAGCCGUCCAUCAUCUCCGACGCGUCAGCAGCAGAAGGCGACCGAUCGUCCACGCCGAGCGACAUCAACUCGCCGCGACACCGGACGCACUCGCUCUGCAACGGGGACAGCCCCGGACCGGUACAGAAGAACUUGCACAACCCCAUCGUACAGUCUCUGGAAGACCUCGAGGACCAAAAACGGAAAAAGAAGAAGGAGAAGAUGGGCUUUGGCUCCAUCUCGCGGGUGUUCGCCCGGGGCAAGCAGCGCAAAUCCCUCGACCCGGGGCUGUUCGACGGCACGGCCCCCGACUACUACAUCGAGGAGGACGCGGACUGGUGACCCCUGCCCCCGACAAUGUACAGCCCCCACGUGUGCAUACCCAAUCACGGUGUAAUUUUGUCCCCCCCUCCUAUUUUUAUUUUAUUUUUUUUAAGCAUUCCGGUAACUCUUCCUUUGUCGUCACUUCUUCUUCUUCUUCUUCUUUUUUUUUUUUUUUUUUGUCGUUUGGGGGACUUUUUUUUUUUUUUUUUUUUUUUUUUUUUUUCGUUUUUUGUUCGUUUUUAUUCCCCAAACCUGCUCCUUUUUGACGAAACUUGAAACUUGAAGGACUGCUGUGUGUCUGUAAAUAACGGGAAUCUCGUGCACUUUGUGCUUGUGACGUCUCUUGUCCGAAACCGCUGUUUUCUGGAGCCUGUCCUGCGGGGGGGGACCCCACCUCGGAGAAUGGGACCCCACCACCUUCAGAGACCUUAAAAAAAGAAAAAACACACAAAACCAAGAAAUUAAACCCACCCAAAUUGCGUCCACCGCGACGUCGUCCCCCGAGGAGGUGGCAGCACACGGGCUCGUCGUGACGCCUUCUGGAAUCUGUGUUUUUUCCCCCUUCCCUUGUGUCGUUUUAAUUUAUUUGCACAAACCCAGAGAGGAGCUAUUCUAACUAAAUUAUUGCAGAAAUGUUGGGGGUUUUUUUUGUUUGUUUUUUGUUUUUUUUGAAAUAUUUUUCCACGUCGCUGGGGAGGGAUGGGGAAGGAGGAAGGGGAUGGGGAACGGGGACGGCGUGGGAGCACUUAAAGCCUUGGAAAAACCCAGCGACCUCGGAGCUUCCCGGGAAGCAAUGUGGAUUUGGGGUGCUCACCCUUUGCUGGCAUUAAAACUGGGGGUGCCAGGGGCUGAGGGAAAGCAACAUCCCUAUAGAGCAGUGCCAAUUUUGGGGGGAGGGGGGGGAGAUGCUUCAAAACCGCGCUCCGCUCAACGACGAGCUCGCAGCCUGUAUGCUUCAACGCUCAGCGGUGUCAUUGGAAGCUCUUAAAAAGGAACACAAAAAAAAUGGAUGGAGAUUUAUUUAAUAGUGCUAUAAUAGUGUAUUAUUUUUCUGAAUUCCGAGACGCGCGCCCCCGUUUGAAUGGGGCUAUUUUGUCUUAAAUCACUGACACUCACUCCCGUGCUCCGCGUUCCCCCCUUGUGAUGCUGCGGGGAGGGCUGGGGAGGAAAAGCAGAAUUUUUCUGCAGAAAAGCGUUUUUUUAUACAUUGAUUUUAUUUUUUUUUUUCCCGGUUGUUUUGUUCGUUUUUCUCCUUGCAUUUAAUUUUUUUUUUUUUUUUUUUAAUAAUUUAAUCUCUCCGCCGGCGAAAGCAGACGAGCGAUCUCCUUUGGUAUCGAGUAGUUUCCUUUGCAUUUCAGCUUUUUUUUUUUUUUUUUUUUUAAUUUUUUAAAUUAGGAAAUAAUUCUAAAAAAAAAAAAAAAGAAAAAAGAAAAAAAAAAAAGAACUUACUAAGAGGAUGAUUUAUUUAAAAGAGAGAACUUCGGGAAAUAGCAUAUGGAUUAUGGGUAACCUUAGAUUUAACUUUUUUCUCCCCCGUGAAGGGGGGGGAGGAUCCUUGAAGGCAUGGAUGCAAAUAUUACAAACAAAAAAAAAUUAUAAAAAAUCUAAAUAAAGCUUAUUUUAAAGUA